AGAGAAAAGGGAGGCACGUCUAAAGCAGAACACGCAAAGAAAAGAAACAAGGCCACGCACACACCAAGGGCCCCUUUGUGCAGCAGCAGCCUCACCGUCACACAAAGGCUGGUAUGCUGCCGGCCGGGACGGCAGGCACAAAGGUAAAACCUCAAAAGCACCGGUGACACGCCAAGUUGCCGCCAUAGAGCCAUGCCACAGCACAUCCUAGGCUCCUAGAUAGCUAAGAUUUAGAGGCAGUUUCCGUCACACAGUGCACGCAUCAUCUCAAGAACUUCAUCAAGAAAAGACAGACAAGAAUAAGGGCGAUCGAUCGAGCUGAGGUGAUCAAGGAAGACACAGGAGCUCGAGGAGCAGAGCGAUCAAGGCUUCGGCUGAAGGAAGCUAUGGUGUCCCGGGGGAAGGAGGAGGAGGCGGCGGCAGGGUGGGAAGGGGAGAAGGAGGGGGAGAUCGACUACGUGUUCAAGGUGGUGGUGGUGGGCGACUCGGCGGUGGGGAAGACGCAGCUGCUGGGGCGGUUCGCCAAGGACGAGUUCUUCCUCGACUCCAAGUCCACCAUCGGGGUCGAGUUCCAGACCCGCACCCUCACCCUCCACCGCAAGCGCGUCAAGGCCCAGAUCUGGGACACCGCCGGCCAGGAGAGGUACCGUGCCGUAACGAGCGCCUACUACCGCGGCGCGCUGGGCGCGAUGGUGGUGUACGACGUGACCCGGCGGUCGACGUUCGACCACGUGCCCCGGUGGGUGGAGGAGCUCCGCGCCCACGCCGACGGCUCCACCGUGGUCUCCCUCGUCGGCAACAAGGCCGACCUGGCGCCGGCGCACCGCCCGCGCGAGGUGACCACGGACGAGGCCGCGCAGCUGGCUGAGGAACAAGGGCUCUUCUUCUCGGAGGCGUCGGCGCUGACCGGGGACAACGUGGAGCGCGCCUUCAUGGCGCUCCUCGAGGAGGUCUUCGCCGUCGUCUCCCGCCGUGCGCUCCAGCUCGACGAGGCGCGGCGGGAGCGCCACGGCGGCGAUGGAGGUGGGGGCGGCGAGGUGCUGUCGCUGAAGGGAACCAGUGUGGAUUUGAACGACCCCAUCAUGGAGACCAGCGCCAUGAAGAAGAGCCCCUCCUCGCAGUGCGCCUGCUCGUGACCGACGACGUGAUGGACGACUAGCCGUUGGUUUCUUGUGUUCGUCCUGAUGGUGUUGCGAGACACUGCAGCUAAUUGUAAAGAUUAAUUGUUGUUCAUUGCAAAGAAUUUGCAGACA